UUGUUAUCAUGUUCGAUUGCUCUCUCCUGCCUAGAUGGACAACAUGGCCACGAUGUGAUGAGUAAUCUCUGUCUGGGUCGUUUGUUCAGAGAGCUAAACAUAACAUUGCAAAACAUCGAAACCCUUAAGAACAAUGGGUUUAACGCAGAGCAGUGGUGCACCUGAGGGGGGAACAGAAGGAUAUCACGUCCAUGGGAUUCAAGAGGACUCGCCCGCUGAGAAAGCUGGUUUGGAGCCCUUUUUUGAUUUCAUCAUAUCCAUUGGCAAUAAUCGUCUUAAUCAGGAGAAUGAUUUGCUCAAGGACCUCCUCAAGGCUAAUGUGGAGAAACCAGUGAAGAUGGAAGUGUAUAGUACAAAGACCAUGAGGAUCCGGGAAUUGGAAGUGGUUCCCAGCAACAUGUGGGGAGGUCAAGGACUUCUGGGAGCCAGUGUCCGCUUCUGUAGCUUUCAUGGAGCCAAUGAAAAUGUUUGGCAUGUUCUUGAUGUGGAGCCAAACUCACCGGCAGCACUGGCUGGACUCCAGGAGCAUUCAGACUUCAUUGUUGGAGCUGACCAGGUUCUGCAAGAUUCAGAGGAUUUCUUCUCCUUAAUUGAAGCCCAUGAGGGAAAACCAUUGAAGUUGCUGGUCUACAAUACAGAUACCAAUAAAUGCAGGGAGGUGGUUGUCACACCAAAUGGUGCCUGGGGGGGAGAAGGAAGUCUUGGCUGUGGCAUUGGAUAUGGCUACCUGCACCGAAUCCCAGCACAACCUGACAGCCCAAAAUCUGAAAAAGUCAGUCCAAAAGCUUCUCCUGUGGCAGGGACGCCAGAGCAAGAAUUUCCUACAAAUGGAUUCACAGAGGUGCCCUUAAUGGCGUCUGGUCAGUCAAUGAGCGGCUUGGAUCUUGAAACCCCACUUCCACCUCCCAUUCAGAGAGUCAUGGAUCCUGGUUUCUCAGAUCAGUCAGAAGUGGCCAUGAUGAAUUCAGAGGUGUCAGACAUGGCAGACCGACUGGACCUAUCCGUUUCUUCCAUUGACAUGACAAACACAUCCCUAGCUGUCCAAGAGGACGUUGACGUAUCAGGUGUCGAGGAGCUUCAAGACCGUGAGGUUCCUUGUCUUGGCGAGAAAAUUACAGAGCAAUACCCUGCUGUGGAUUUCAGUUCCUCUGUUACACCACCUUCAGAUGUUUCUCCUCCCCUUUCUCUCUCCCACCCUCUUCUCCCAAAUCUGCCUCUUGAUCAUAGCAUGCCAACAGACAUGGCGUCUUUGAAUUCUUCAAUCCCAUCUCUCGAAUCUUCUGUGCCUCCUAUAGACAUCUCUUCCCUGCUCAUUGACCCUGCCGGCCUUCAUCUCGAGUCUGCAGAAUAUCCCAUGCAACCAAACGAGUCCUCACCUUUCCCCUCAGAAACUGAUGAUGUCAAUCAGGGUUUUUCUGAUGAGCCACAGUCUCUGAAGAGCAGCUGGUCUGAGGGCAAAGCAGAGGCCGACCUGAUGUCUUUUAAUUCUCAUAGUGCAGAUGUCAAAGAUGAAGCUGCUCUUCAGUAGUGUCACUACCAAGUACUACCUUGUAUCUUGUUUACGCAGUUGCUCUACAAUCAUUGGGUGAGUGUUUUUUAGUGGCUUUGUUACUGUUAGAAUCAGGUCCUGGACUUUGCCGAAAUGGUAUCUUGUGUGUUUUUUGAAUGGUUGUGUGCAAAUUACUUUUCCUUUUUAUUUUGCUUUUUUUUUUUUGUGCUAGUAGUCAUGAUGAUUUUAGGCCAUAGGUCGUUGUUUUAAAUUGAGUAGAUCUUAAUUUAGAAGAUAAUGUUUUAUGUUACUACAUUGAAACCUUUUUAUUUAGCUUGAUUAAUUAAAUCUGCUUAGAUUGUGAGUUUUAAAAUCCACAAAAAGUAGCAACCAAAACUGUUAUUUAAUUGACUACUUGUUCUAAAUAUUUGUAUUUAUUUAGCUACUACACAAACACUCAUGUUUUGCUGUGUUAAAAUGAACACAGUGUAGAUUAUAUAGUGCUAAUGUUGGAUUAUAUAUGCAAAAUAGACUCAUUUUGUCUAGAAAAAGCAUUACAAUAUUUUGGCUUCUUUGUUACAUUUAAAAUUUAGAAGUACUAUUUGUUUUGUUUUUGUUUAUGUUUUUUCUGUGUUGUGGGAAUGUUUAAGCUCAGUAUGAAUUUUUAAUACUGGACAAGGGUUUUGUAUUAGUUUAGUUUUGCAAACCAAAACCUUCCUGGCUAAUUAGAAUUUUGAAAGUAUUUGUAUGUGAUUUUUAGAAUAAUUUCAACAAAUAUUAAAUUGAAAUGUUUGGGAAAGAGUAAUCUUUUAUUUAUACUUUGAAAAUCUUAAAUCAACACUAGAUAAAUGUUUCUACAGUAGAAUGUGCUUUUCACUUUUUUUUUCUUUCAGUUUACUUGUCAUUAGUCAUUUAUUGAUCUAUGCAAAUGCUGUUAUUAUAUAAAUGCCAAUGGAAUUUCUCUGGUAUUAUGAGUGUAAUCAUCACUGCCACAUUUAAGAAUAGUGUCAUACCCAAGCCAGGACUUUAAUUUUUAUGUUUGAUGAUGGGAAGAUCUAAAUGAUACAAUACCUCUUUGAUCUGAAUUUCAUUGUUGUAAGAGUUUCAGUUUUGAGCAAAGACUUUAUAUGUGUCUAUACAGGCAAAGUGAUUUCUGAAGACAUCUCUUUGCUUUGAUGCUAUCAUGGUACGAGAAUGUUGUUUUAAAUUGGACUUUUUAUUGAAAAAUGUUCAGAAUAUCUGUUCUUCCUAGAGUGUGAACACAAAUGUAUAUUUUUGUAUAGUAAUGCUACUGAUGUUUGAGAGAAGAUUAAGUAAACACAGAAAAUGGUCUACUGUACCUACGCAAAUUGUAUUCUUCGGGUUUCUGGGAAAAUAUCAGUGAAAAACACUGGAACCUUAUGCCGCAAUAAAAGAUCCAAAUUAUAAA